AUGAGGGACCGCCCUCCACUGGCCCGCUUCAGGCCCAGUGAUAUGACCUUUGUGGGAGAAGAAAACACCUAUUAUGCUUUCAUCAAUACCAGCACACCAACCAAAAAAGAUAAUAAAACAGAAAGAAAAGUACCCAAUCAGGGAAGCCCUGCCAAAAAGAUCGAAGAAGAACCAGGCAAGGUCAUUUCUUUUAAAGUUGAUAGUGAAGAAAAUACUUUGGAAUCACAAACCAGUGUGACAAACGGAAGGGAUCCAGAUGGGGUCUUAAAGUUACCUAAGGCAGAUCCUGCAGAAAUGAAAAGGAGGCCAUCCUUUGCACCAGUAGAUUUUCUGUUUCGGCCGCCAGAUGGUCUGAAGAGCUAUGACGUAACACCUAGGACUCCAACAAGUACCGCUACUUUGACAGCCAGUUACAGCUGCAUCUCUUUAAAAACAGAAGUUGGUGAGGCUCCAGAAGUAACAAAAGAAAUGUUGGCACGCAAAAGGAAAACUUCAGUACAUCAGGAUUCCGAUGAAUUACGGCGUCCUUUGAGUUCUCUGACAGUUGGGAGCACAGAUAUGGUAUUUUAA